UUUUUUUUCUUUCAUGUAGGCUAAUAUACUGGCCGGCGCUGCAAUUUCGGAAUCUGCCCUUGUAUAUGGCGGACGAAAUUUCCACAGGAGGAACCGCAACAUAAAGCCACUGCACGAGUUGUACAGGCUGUCACCUCUGCUCGGGGAGGGACGAUUUCUGCAGCGGGGAGCCUGUUCGCAUGAGCUGCAUCGUUUUUGAGAAGCACGGGCUCAGAGGAGGCGGAGUCAUGAGUGCACCAGAAGCACCCACUCCUGUGAUGGAGCAGGCUGACGGUGGCAGUGCAGCCCCAGAUGUUCCCUCACCAGCCUUAGUCCCUAAGCCCAAGAGUCCAACUCCACCACCUGUCACCGUCACAGUGAAGAAAGAGCCCGGGACCUCAGAGACCAGUAACGGGAAAGUGGGUGAAGUCAACCCUGCGGAGAUCUGUGUUGUCAUUGGAGGAAAUGAUGGGGGAGCAAUCGGAGUUGGAUUCCGUAGAGCUCAGACCGAGGGUAUGUUUGCCCUAGGUACUCCUCCUCCAACGAAGAGCACAGACUCAUGCAUAGGUUCCUAUGUAUGUGGGGUAUGUGGGAAGAAGUACAAGUAUUAUAACUGCUUUCAGACACACGUCAGAGCACACAGAGAAUCAGAUACCAUGGUUGCAGAUGGUCUACCCCAGACACCCAACAUCUUGUCUCCUCACUGUAGCCGCCUUCCCAUAGGUGACAUCCUAAAACCAGAUAGCUUCCGUUACUCCUGUGACAUCUGUGGCAAGAAGUAUAAAUACUACAGCUGCUUCCAGGAGCACCGUGACCUGCAUGCAGUCGAUGAUCCUUAUGAACAGGUAGUGUUACCUGUGGACAGCCUUAAAGAGGAGGAGCCAGUUGAACCCUACCAGAAAAUCGGACCAAGGGAAAAAGCACUCGCCCACCUCCGCAGAGACUGCGGGUCGGACCGAAGGCAGCGGGUGUCCCUUCAAACUCAAUUGGCAGUGUACGCAGAAACUGGGAGCUAUGUCUGCGAGUUCUGCGGGAAGCAGUACAAGUACUUCAACCCAUACCAGGAGCACGUCGCUCUGCACACACCGAUGAGCGCCUUUGAUCUGAAGACAUCUCGGGUACAGGAAUGUGGUAGCAUGGAUAUGAAUAAAUUUGCCCCCAGCCAAACUGGUAAGAUAAAGCACAUUCCAUUCAGGCGGAAACUGGAAAGUGCAAUUCAGUCUAGUCUGGUCGACACUAACAGUUCGCAGAAUUCAAGCGGAACUCCGAGCCCUCUGGUGGCCAGCGUCUUCUCUACAAGCCAGAAACCCUACACUUGUGGUGCCUGUGGCAUCCAGUUCCAGUUCUACAACAACCUGCUGGAGCACAUGCAGUCCCACGCUGCUGACAAUGAGAACCACACCAAAGGGGAGUCUCCCAAAAUCUCCUCAGCCUCCGUUCCUCCAGAGCAGCUGUGGAGAGGCUCUCAAGGUCCGGCCCAUUCCUUAGUAAAACUACAAAUCCAGCCUCAAAGUAUCCCCCAGAGAAACCACACUGUCAGCCCAGACAAUAAUGGACUACCUGAGAAGGAACGACAGCAGGUGGCUGAGCGCCUCUUACGGGUAAUGUGUUCAGAUCUGAGCAUGCUAAAUGUGCUCAACAGCAAAGACUUCCUGAAGUUGGCACAGACCCUGGUGGAUACUGGAGCCCGUCAUGGUGCCUACUCCACCCGUGACGCUUUUGGCAACAUGAGUGCCUUGGCGCUGCGCCAGCUGCCCCGCAUGUACAACCAAGUGAAAGUCAAAGUCACGUGUGCUCUCGGCUCCAAUGCUUCGCUGGGCAUCGCCGUCACCUGUCACUCCCAGACAUCAGGCCCAGAUGCUUGCUAUGUUCUCACAGCCUACCAGGUGGAGGGCUCCAGGUUGAAGCGCUAUGUGCUCGGUGUGAGGGAGGCUGAGCUGAGGGAGGGGCCCGAGCAGGUCCAAUACUGGGUGCAGAACGUGCUGUCUGAGUUUGUGAUGUCAGACAUACGCACCGUGUAUGUUUCUGAGCCUAAAGCGUGGGCAGCAGGAUUGGCGGGAUCACCCCUGGGUGCUGGUGGUCGGAGCAAGGUAUGCCUACGAUGCGCUGGGUGUUCCCUCGGGGCUGUCGUCCAGGCAGUUCUUGGGAAGCGCAGCCUCCAGGCUCGAGGUCUUCAUGAGUUGGCUGAGCUUCUCUCAGCGUGCCGAGAUAUCGCCUCCUCCACCACGCUGUCCCUUCGCGACGAACAGUACUUCAAAACAUCCACAAGCACAACUGAGGACGGAGCACAGGGCGGCCCUGCACAAUGCCCGAACCCUCCUUGCUGGGAUCGUACGGCUGAAGCUCUUCUUCAGGUCCAUGCUCACUUUGAACAGAUUUGCGAGGCUUAUGGUCGCAACAAGGCCACAGCUCCUCUCCUCCAAGGUCUCAACAAGCAUCUGCUCGGUACAAUGGCAUGUCUGCUGGCUCCUCUGCGUCUUGCAGCUCUGGAGCUGAGCACCCAGAGGAGACCCACCUUACAGCAGGUGUUACCCGUCUACCUGCGCCUGGAGAAGUUCUUCACAUCCAAAGCUGGAGAGGCAGGAACUGGCCCGGCUAGCAAACUCUGCCACUACUUUCUCGAAGCACUUAAGGAAAACUUCAAGGUUGAACGAGCCCACCAGGUAGCCAUGGUGCUGGACCCGCAGGUCAAGCUGUGUUCGGUGCCCGCCUACCAACAUGAAGACAUAAUCUCCCGCGCAUGUGAAAUGGCUGCUGAAAACAGAGAUGGAGGUAUGAGUGGUGGAGGAGGUGGUGAUGAGCGGGACACUGAUGGCCCACCAACCCCUAAAAUAAGCCGCAUAGAGGGAGCGGGAAACAAUGGCGGCAUCAUAAGGGGGACUUCCUCCUCUGGUAACGAUGAUAGUCAUAACCAAGUUAGACAAGAGAUGUUUCAGUACCUGGCCGAGCCUCUUCUCCAAGGCACACCUGACCUCUUCCAGUACUGGAGCUCUCUGGUGAACGAGAAGUUCCCCAGGCUCUCCCGCUUGGCCAUGUGGCUCCUCGCUGUGCCUGCUGUGGGCAUACGCAGCGAGUGUGUGACUGUGUGUGAGCAGAGCCUGGCUAUGAAGAGGAGGCAGCAGGUCACCUCUGAGGAGAUGAACAAACUCAUUUUUCUUCGCUCCAACAUGGGCUAGGAGAGAAAAAUCAACAAACCCUAAUCAACCAAACCCUCGCCUCCAACCAAUGACUGAAGACUAUUAUUUACAUACUGUAGGUUUAGACCAACUGUAAACUUCAAUGUGUUAAAUUACUUCUCAAGACAGAUAUUUACAGGAAUCUCACAUUGUAUAGGUUGCAAACACCCAUAACACAAUACAGCUUAUUACAUAUUCUAUAGGGAGAAAAGACUGUUGUAUAUUACUGUGGACAACAUUUAGGGGUGGAACGGUAACCCUCAAAAGAUUGUCUUGUUCGGUAUGCAUCACUUGGUUUGGGAUGCAAAUGUAAGCAGGAUCAGUCUCAUCAUGGCCAGUGAAUUACUCCAGCCUAACGGCUAAACUGCUAAUAGGCUACAAUGCUGUUAUUCUCACUGGAUGGCAACAUUUUCAGGUAAACUCAGAUUUCACUGCUUGAAACUAUUGUCAUGCACCUCUGAAAACAUACAGCAGUAAGCAUACACAUUAUUUAGACAAUUAUCAUUUUCAUUGGUGUAUGACAAAACAAUUCAAGAAGUGAAUUUAACUGCCACUGCACCUCUGACAACUAAGUGUAGUAGGUUUAUUAUUUACUAUCACAUAUCACUGAAACACUUAAUUUCAACAUAUUCUGCCACAGGAAACACUGAGCAAAAUAUUUGCUGCUAAUUUGAAGGUUGCUUCAGUGGCCUACAAAUGUAGCUUUGGAUCAUUUGAAUGCAUUUUUCAUUCAAAAGGGUAAAAAGCUGAUAAAACAUUCAUAAGGAUGUUAUGCUUUCCCUUUUUGUUUAUGUUACAAAUUGAAAGAAAAAUCACCAAUGGUUGGUUUUUGCUGCUGGAUAUGCAAGGAAAAUGGCUAGAUUUGCACAGAAGGGACCAUUUAAUUCAAUUCAAUUAAUAUAAUCCAAGCUUUUGUUUGAGUUCUCUUAAUAUACAUAAAGAGGACAGCAUCAUGUUAAGCAUGUUUGUGCUUUUAUACAACAAUUUCAUUCAGCCUUACCAUGGCUGCGUGCCGUGGCACCAAAGGGUAAUUCAAUAACGUAUUUGAUAAAUAUAUCUCACAUCAUCAUGUAAUAGUUGAUGUUAUAUCCCAGCUUGUAGGUCAAUGCACAAUAAUGACUUCUCGAGGUCGUUUUGUGUGGCUUUAUGAUGCAGCGCUGGUGCUUCAGAUAGUCAUUCAGCUCUGUGAAAAGAGACCUCAAUAUCCUUCUCUAUACCGGAGACAUUUUGUCUGUGCAUUGUCCUCAGAUAAACAGCAGUAAUGUUAUUAGUUUGGUAAGCUUGUACACAAGGAUUUAAUUUAUAAUUGAAAACCCUUGUCUAUUUUUUUUCAAAGCUUAAUUAGAAAGAUAAGAAUAUAAUCAUUAUUUUAUUUAUUUUUUCCUCAUCUACCAUUCUUAUAAGCAUUGUCUUCCUUAUGUGAGCUACAUUUUUCCAUUUUUAAAGCACUAAGCUUUAUCAAACCUACCUACUCAACACGACUGUUUUCACAACGCUCCUACGGUUCAUUAUUAAUGGUAAAUUAUUUUCUGUUUAUAAAAUCAACAGGAUUUUCUCAGGAAUGCACCCUAGCAGGCACCGCCACUUUUUCCUCACUGUACCGAAAACACACAAAACUAUGACCUCAAUGCGGAGGUAUGAACUGAACCGUGACUUUGGGAAACGUUCCACCCCAAAUACAGUUAGUGCCAUUUGCAACAAACAAAGAAAUAUAUAUCAUCUUUUUCAGGAUGAAGCAAAUUCUGCCAGGACAUUAACUUAAGUCAACACAAGGUCAAGUGGUUUAAUGUUUUAUGAAUUCCAGGACACACUUACGUGAGCUAAUACCUCCUAAGAUGACUUGGAUGAAUGGAAGUUAUACUGUAAAAUAGUUUGUUGCUUCUGGUACUGAUACGUAAAGUACUGGUUUGUCAUCUUGUUUUUGGGGCCUUAUGUUUCUUUUCAUGCGACCACCUACAGUGGGAGCUAAUGUCAUGCCUUUUUAUUGCUGUUCAAUGGCAUUCUUUUCACCAUGUUUUCUCAAGCUUUUAUUUUGUUUUAUUCAAAGGAACCUCUGCCUGAUGAAACAGUGUCCUCUAGUGGUCAAAUGUGGACUUUAAAAAAAGUGCUUUAUUCCAAAGUUCAAGUCAUCUCUGGGUUUCUAAAACAGGUCAGGUAUUAUUUCAACAAUAACACACCCAAGCACAAGUAUCCUCUGUAUAAGCCUAUAUGCAGCAGGUCAGGUUUGAACUGGGGUCAUACCAGAGCAGGAAGGUUUAUCAAUACUGAUGUAACACUCAAUUGUAUUUUAGGUAUCUAUCUUAAUAGUUGUGGUGCAGCUUAAAUAUUGUCUUUUGAUCCUAAAAAGUGCAGUUCAAUAAAUAAAGGCAAGGCAAGUUUAUUUACAUAGCACCUUUCAACACAAGGCAAUUCAAAGUGCUUCACAAAAAUGAAAGACAGAUAAAGCUACAUCAUAUUAUGUGAAUUAUAAACACUCAGUCACAUUUCAGAAAAUCAAUUGUAAAAAAGUAUUGCAGUAUCAUCUUUUCAGUUUUCUGCCCCAGUACAACUCAAGGUACACUCACAUUUCACUUUUAGUAAACUACAUUUUGUUCAGUCUCCCAUUCAUUUAAAUUAAAUGUAACAAAUUGAAGCUUCUGUUUUGGAAAUGGAUAAGAGACUAUUAUGCCCCGUCGCACUACUUUAUUUAUUUGAUCAUCACACUCACCAUCUUCAAACUGCUGCACCACCCUCAUGAUCACAUCAGGAUUUAUUUAUGACCCAGGUCUGAAUCGUCUUUAUUCGAGGGCAAAUUGGUUCAACAUUACUGUAUCAUUUAAGUUUGUUAGGACACAGGAAGUAGGAAGUACAGGAAGUCAGUACACUGCACAUGGACAUUUAAAGGGCAUUACAGUAAAUGUUUCAAAGUGUAAAGCCAAGAAAAGACGGGUCUCUCUAAGAAGCAAAGGUUUUUGGUCCAGCUGAAUUCAGCAGUUUUCAGUUAUAUGAGAAAAUGUGUUCACAUUUAUUAUACAUGCAUUAAUAUGACUGUCACUCAAAAGUGAAUGGCUCUGCUUUGCAAACGGCAUCAUAUUGUUUUGAAUAGACUGUUGCCCUCCUAUACCUCUAAUAACAACUGAUUUACUGUUCCAUAAAUACACUUCUUUUCUUUAAGAGUAUGUUGCCACCCUGCACAUUUUUGCUGUCCUCUCUGGUUGAAUGCUUUCACCAUCAGUAAUGGGUGGAUGGAUGUGUUCUGAAAUGUCUUUUUGUUAUACCUCUUAAUAACUAUACGUGAUGUUGACAACCUGAACAUCACUGCAGCAAGGUGAGAGGUUAAACCACUAGAGGUCAGCAAAGACAGCAUUUUAAAGGGGUGUUGGAUUACUGUUGGUAACUUUCCUUUUUUUCUUGCAUUAAGAUUCUUGGAAGGAGUUAUUUCAUUGAUAUAUUCCAAUAUGUAUCUGUUUUCCCUCUCUAAGGCUGGGGAAUUACUUGAUUCAGUGUAACCAAUAUACUAUAUCAUCGUGAUAAAAUGUAUACUGCUGUUUUCAAA